AUGCGGGAGGGAGCCUCAAUAUUGUCGACAUCUAGCAUGGUGGCAGGCACCCCCCAAACAGAUGGCCUCAUCCAAGAGUUGGGAGAAGCCGGGCCGCCGAGCAACGUCCGCAGGCAGUUUGCCAUUCCCAAACUGGAUGAGAAGCAGCUUGAGAUGAAACUCCAGGAAACACACGGAACCGCCACCUCGUAUGACUUGUUUGAAGGAGUAGUGAGCAGCGGUUCGAAACCAGUAACAACAACCUCUACGGCAGCGACAACGACGGCGACGACGACGGAAGCAAGUUCCACACCACUGAAUUUAAAUGCCUCAGCGUUUGCGCUGGGGACGGGAAAUAGACACGGUGGCGCAAACAGGAUUGCCAUUGAUAGUCCCUCCGCAGCCACCGCUGCUUUGUUAAACAUGCAAUGCCAAGCUCAGCAAUACCAGAUUCCACAUGUGGCCCAAGCUGACCAAGAGGUUUACCUCUCACAAAGUCUGCUUCAAGUGUGUUCUCGGGAGGUAUUGUUGUGGGUCUUGCACUCACUUGUGGAGGAGUCUCCAGGGCUUGCUCCCUACAUUCGAAUGCGCUGUGAAAAGGCUCUACUUCUGAUGUUCCAGCAGCAACAGCAGCAACAGCAGCAGCAGACCACAGCGGUGGGGACCUUUGCAACAUAUGCUACUGGUGCAGGUGCAGGCGCAGGCGCAGGCGCAGGUGCUCCUACAGGGACUCCAUCAUGGCCGUCACAUAUUACUGCGAGCAAUUAUGGAAGCCCACGAGGUUCCUCAUACACAGGCGCUGCAUCUCCUCAAGUAGGUAGUGCUCGUAAGGGGCGGGGAAAUAAGGCUCGGGAGGAGGGAAUUUGCAGCUUGCAUAACAAUGUGCGUUCCAUGAAUCACUUGCAGCUUAAUAAACAAUCAGGACUAUACGAGUGUGUGCAUGGUUUUCAUUGCCUUGAGGACGGAGGGUCUGCCGCUGUUACACCGUGCAACUUCAAAAAUACCACUGUCGCAAGUAGUGUCAACCCAAGUGCCAACAAAAGCUACGUUACUAAUUCCAGUUCGGGGGCUCAGCACGUUUUAAAGAUGCCAUCUUGGCAAUCUCGGCAAACAAAGGAAGGCAAAAGUGUCUUCAAUGAAAACUUUGGUAUCAUGAAGACAAUGACCCCAACUGUCCCAACCAUCCCAACUCCCCCUACCACCGCCACCGCAAGCAGCAGCAACAGCAGCAUUCAGUGCAACAACAACAACAACCAAAAAAACGGUGGGUCAUGUGUUGCUGAGUUAGAUCUGAGCGGAAGCAUUGACCCAGUGUGUCAUGAGUCGGGUAAGGUCUACGCGAAAGGUGGCUCGCCGGGAUUCAAUUGUGACAUGGAUACAUUGCAAAAUAUACUGCAAACUGUCCGUGAGCUAACCACAGAGGAAGGAGAAUGA